UGAGAAAUGCGUCCAACAAGCAGACACAAUUUCUACCAGAUACAAUGGCUAAGCGGCCUGCAGAUGAGGUGGUCGAUGGCAACCAGGCCUAUUUGAAACGCCAGAAGAUUACACAAGCUACAAAACAAACGCCGACGGAAGAGAUUCGUUCUGCAAGACAACUACGGCAGAUUCUUGCCUUCGACCAAGAUGCCCUCAGAUUGAAACAUGCAAUCCAUACUUUCAAAGCAUUCCUAGACAAUUUCGCAAAUCACGAGAACGACAAAGCUCUCCAAGCCGCAAUACUCAAAGAAUAUCUCGAGUCGCAAAAGCCUUCGGAUGAGAAUGACAAAGACGCUGUGUUCUUGAACGAUCUCAUGCAGACAUGGAGCUUCGCAUCCCAGUCGAACGACGAGAGUCUGUUGUCCGCUGUGCCUGCUGUUCUUGCGCUAUUGCUCAGAACGAUAUCUGGAUCGCUGGAUUUGUCUGAAUAUGGCUUGAGGCUUGGACGAACACUUCUCCAAAAGCGACAAGGAGAACUCAUGUCUAGAGGUCUGACUGCCAACAAGGUCAAGGGUUUCUUGAUUUCUCCUGUAUUGAGGAUGCUGAGAGAAACCUGCCUCUUCGAUGGAGGGGUGCUCGCAAGACAGAUUUUCCAGAAAAGGGACUUCACUCUGAAAGCACUGGCUCGCAAUCUAUCCCUUCGAUACGAAGGCGAUGGUGUCGAAGAUCUUAAGAAGCCUUCCGUACGCACGAAUGCGCUGAGGUUUCUACUAGCAAUGAUCAAGUUUCUUCCUACAGAAUCGAAGCGGGAACUACUCAAUCAAAGGGACAUAACGUCUGCUAUCACCAGGGAUAUCAGAGAUGAUCCCCCAUUCAUGGUUCGUGACACAUUGGAGACUUUGAAACUUCAUAUUUUACUGGAUGAAGGCCUUCCGAGAGAUGCUAAAACGAAGAUCGUCAAUGCUACCUCCUUGGGACGAAUAGCUCUGCUCUCUCGCUAUAAUCAGCUCGAAGAGGAUUUAACUUUAGAAGCAAGAACGGUAGAUACCAUCGCUCACGACUUCCUUACGUUGGCCUGCACGUCUCCCGAUAUGGGAGUACUUUUGCGCCAAUCCGGGUUUUAUCCUCGAGGUGUUGAUCCAGAUGAUGCACAAGAUCUCGAAGUAGAAGGUCCGUCAAUAAAUUUGGGCCUUGACAGUGUCGAGUGGAUGGAGAAGUUUACUGGGAAAGUGCCUGUACGAAAUACGAUCUUGUCAGAAUUCAUCCAGAAUUUACGCCCUUGGUCCAACAAAAAACAGGGCGAGCUCCUGAUAUCAAUUCUGAAAUGUGCUCCCGAGUUAAUCGCUGAUUACUUCUUCGGCAAGAAAGAUUUCUCCUUCGACCCCAAGCUCACAACAACAUGGAUAGGCUACUCCGCCUUUAUCUAUUCUUCACUAAACCUUCCCAUUCCAAAGUUUUUCGGCUAUCAAGAACGCUAUGCAAAACUUCCUCCACCUCCUGCCAUUAUCUUGGAAAGUGUCCUCCCUCAACCUCUCGGUCAAAAAGUCAUGACUCGAUGCUUCACUCAGCCUCACAACACACUCAUCACAUUCUUUGCUGCUAGGAUACUGUGCGUUGCACUUCAGAAAUUCCAAGAUAUCUUACGCAUGUACCACGAGGCUGCAAAGGACAGUGCAUCUCAGCUAUGGGUCCAAGCAGCGGAAAGGUUGACCGAAGAUUUUUGUAGCAGAUGUCCACCUAUCAAAGAUGUUAUUCUCGCCUUUAGGAGAAUGAACAGUGAUGAUCUGAUGCAAAAGGAGGCGAUUGCGAAACUUCUCGUGCUGUACUACGAAGUUGCUCCGCAAAUUGCAUUAGAUGCCAAAUUUGGAGUCUCGGCAGCUCUAGCAGACAGUUUGCAAGCAUUAGAGGAUACUUCUCUUAACGACGAGAGCCGUGCCUUACGUUCUCUCGAAGUCGAACAUCUAUUCGAGUUUGCUCAUUUCUCGCCCGGCAUGCGCUGGUUUAACCGAACGCAAGAUGCCUCGGUCACACCUUUUAUGGGAAUGCUAAAGCUGACGGCUGAAGCGCCUGUGAUUUUGCCAUUGCUCAAGAUCAGAGAUGUGCUAUACUCAAUUGUUGCGGAAAAUCAAAUUUUCCAGAGCCAAACAUUAGUUUCUGCCCUCGAGACCUUCAUUGUCAGGCUUAGAGCGAUGAAUGGGUCAUGUGCGUCAUCUGCCUUGUACAGUUUCUUGGAUGAUUGUAUAUCACGGUGUGCUGCUAAGCCUAUCAAGUACCUCUUUGCACUUGAUGAGCUCUCGGUGGAAAUUUCAGCACAGAAACAACACCCCACUAUCAGUCUGUUAACGUUGGCAAUGGUGGAACAAUGGCCAUAUCUCGUGAAAUCUACCGAUGAUAUGGUGUUACAGGAAAUAGCACGAUUCCUGGCAGAAUGGAUAGGCGCCUCAAUCAAAAUCAAGGAGGACAAACAUAUUCUGAAGACGCUGAUACAAAGUUUUACCGCAGCGCUGCCUGAGACAUCAUCAGCUCGAAAGACAAUCACAGAAGCCCGCAAGUUGGUCGACGAUAUUGAUAUACCGGAGCCGAAUGUUACAACAUCAGAAUUGGAAGACGAUGCAAGACCAAGAAUAUCCCUGGACGCUGAGCAUGCUGUGUUACUGGCCACAAUGAGGACGGAUUCACUUGCGUUGGAUGAAGAUUAUAGAUCAUUAGUGAAAUGGAUGACCAAAGAGGUCGACGAAGUGAUUGAAGAUGGGCAUACAAAGGCACUGAUCAGGCUCUUGUCCUCGGAGCAUUUGAGUGUUCGGAAAGAAGCUCUGACGAAUAUAUCGAAGUUCGCUACCAAACUCAAGGCAUCCUCAUUCGAGGAGAAGGAACAACUAUGGCUACUACUUUCCGAAAUUACUGAGACUGCCAAGAAGACUAUCGAUCAGGGUCCCUUACCAACUUAUAUCUCGGCUUUUGCUGCAAACGCCAUAGUAGUCUUGAAAGACCCUCUUCAUAUCCUCUACGCAAAGAUGAACAAAUUUCUAUCGAAAGGCCCGACCUGGCAAGUGGAUAAACUCCCAAUGAUGCACAAGAUCCUCGAUGAAAAACCCACCUUGGAUGAUACACACCACGUGGAAGUCGAUUGGCUCCUGAAUUACAUGCUCGCUGGUCUUCGAACGGAGGCGGACAUGGCAGUGUAUCGCAGGCAGUUGGUGUUUGAGAAACUGCUUUCACUCUACAACAGCAGAUAUUUACGGGCAAAUUUGCGUGAUGGCGUCCUCCGGAUAGUCCUCAGAGCCUCAAACAUCAGCGGGGGUAGCACUACACUGAUAACGAGAUUCAGCACCAUGACCUGGCUGCAUGCACAGGCUGCGCUUGGUGGAGGGUUGCCGAUAGAAGUGGUGGUCAAACAGAUCAUGGAGUCAUGUGAUCCGGAUAGAGUUUCGAGAUGGAAAAGAGGUCUGAAGCUGGCGGUUGAAACAUAAAAGUUCAGAGUAGUAUAGAUCGAUAAUCUUUAGAUACCCAAAUGUUGAAUU